UCCUUCCUUUUAUCACACUCAAAAACCCACAAAUUCUCUCUAGUUUUUCAGUUCAUCAAACCCCAAAAUAAUUAUAAAAAAAAAUGAGUUGUACAAGGAAAUCAGCCUGGAUGGUGGCAGCAAGCAUUGGAGUGGUGGAGGCAUUGAAAGAUCAAGGGCUUUGCAGGUGGAACUAUGCAUUGAGAUCAGUUCAACAACAUGCCAGGGCUAAUAUCAGACAAUAUUCUCAGACUAAAAAGUUGGCUACCCAAUCUUCUUCUGCUUUGUCAAAGAAAUCGAGAGAUGAGAAGUCGAAGCAAUCUGAAGAGUCACUAAGAAAAGUUAUGUAUUUAAGCUGUUGGGGUCCAUAUUAAACUAAAACCCUUGUGUUAUUUGUGCACAUAAUGUCAAAUUUCAUUAGAAACUUGGUUCAA